AUGAUCAGUGGAAACAGCACCACGGUGACAGAGUUCGUCCUUCUGGGCUUCACAUCAAGCCCAGACCUGCGAGCUCUGCUCUUCGCACUUUUCUCAGUCAGCUAUGUCACCAUCCUGCUGGGGAAUGCCGGCCUCCUGCUGGUCAUCCACCUCGAUGCUUGCCUGCACACGCCCAUGUACCUCUUCCUCAGGCACCUGUCCUUUGUGGACCUCUGCUACUCCUCUGCCAUCAUCCCCAAGGCUCUGAACAGCUUUGUGAUGGGAGACGGGACCAUCUCCUUCCUGGGGUGUGCCGUGCAGUUCUGUGUCUUCGGCGGCAUGCUGACCACCGAGUGCUGUCUGCUGGCCGUCAUGGCCUAUGACCGCUUUGUGGCCAUCUGCAAGCCGCUGCUCUACAUGGUCGCCAUGUCCGAUGGGGUUUGCACCUGGCUCCUGGCCUGCUCCUAUGCCAGCGGCUUCCUGAACUCCUUAAUCCAAACUGGCUACACAUUCAGCUUGCCCUUCUGUGGGGCCAACCAGGUUGACCAUUUCUUCUGUGACAUCACACCCCUGGUGAAGCUCUCCUGCACCGAGACCCGUAGCAACAAGACCAUCAUCCUGGCCUCGGCCUGCGUCAUCGGUGUCAGCAGCUUCCUGACCACGCUGAUCUCCUACCUGUAUAUCUUCAUGGCCAUCCUGAGGAUCCCCUCCCCUCAGGGCAGGCGCAAGACCUUCUCCACCUGCACCUCUCACCUCACAGCCGUCUCCAUCUUCUUUGGGACUCUGAUCUUCAUGUACUUGCGGCCCAAGCCAAGAUAUUCUGCUCAGCAGGACAAAGCUGUCUCUGUGCUGUACACCAUAGUGAUUCCCAUGGUGAACCCCAUGAUCUACAGCCUGAGAAAUAAGGAUGUUAAAGAGGCAUUGAGGAGAAGGCUUCCUGUCACAGUCAGUGGUUGGCGUCUUCCCACCUUUCCCUCCUCUAAAGAAUCUGGCCUAAGCAGAUCUUUCUAUAACACAUAG